AAGAAUUUUAUCUGAAGUUUAUUUUGUAAAAUUGAUGUGAUACGGCGAUAGAAAUAAUUCAUUUGAAAUUAGAUUACCAAUAUUCCUUUAUGCGUACUCUAUUACCAGUUUUCUAUUCAUUCCAAAGUUGAUAAUUAGAUGAGCAAUGUCUUCGAAAGGAGGAGAUAAAAAUGAUAAAAAAAUUGAAAAAGGCCGGUUUCAAGAAGGUGAGAAGAUUCUAUGUUACCAUGGUCCUUUGAUUUACGAAGCAAAGUGUUUGCAAGUGAGGAGAGGUGAAGAUGGUGAAAUAGAGUAUCUUAUUCAUUAUUCCGGCUGGAAUAAAAAUUGGGAUGAAUGGGCCACCGAAGACAGACUGUUGAAAUACAGCGAUGAAAAUGUCGAACGGAAGAAAGAAUUGCAAAAACAGCAGUCCGACAGUAAACUGCAACAGAAAAAGAGUAGUAAGAGAAGAACCAGUGUCGGAUCCGGUGGAGAAAAAGAAGACAGCAGCUCACGUUCCAAUUCUCCGAAACUAAUCAAUAGUCGUAGAAGUAUCGCAACUCCAGCUACCAAAAGUGUAACUACAAUUACAACGCCCAAAGUAGUAGAUAAACAAGACUUGAAUUCUCGUAAAAAGAAAGACUUCGCACAUUCCCCUGAACUCGAAUUCCACGAAUAUAUCAUCGUCAAUGUUCAAAUUCCGGAAGAUUUGAAAAACCUGCUUUUAUAUGAUAAUGAAUUAAUCUGCCGUAGAAAGAAAAUAACCAAGGUUCCAGCUCGAGUACCUGUUGAUGAGAUCACCGAAAAAUAUGUUUUACAUAAAGUUAAAGUUACAGAUUCGCAGUUAGCGAGUAGAUACAAAGAAACGGCGUACGCUUUAAAGCAAUAUUUUAACGUUGUGGUUUCGCAAAAAUUAUUAUACCCGUUUGAAAAACCUCAGCACAUUAAGCUAACUGAAACUAAACCAGAUUUCGUUCCUAGUUCUGUCUACGGUGUUGCUCAAUUUAUAAGAUUAUUUGUUAAGAUAGGCCAUUUAUUGGCUCAUAUGCAGUUAGAUGAUUAUGGAUCUCACUCCGUUGAAGAAAAUAUUAACGAUUACGUAAGAUAUUUAAAUCUGAAUAUUGGCAAAUUCAUCAAUAUCGACGACUAUCAAAACACCAAUUCCGAUUACCAACGUAAAUUCAAGGAUUUAUACAAGUUGAAAGGAGUGUAACGCGUCUUUGUGUUUGAAGUUCAGAAAACAAGAAGAAAGUUUUUAAAAAUUGUUUUGAAUUUGACUGAAGUCAUUGCAGAAUGAUGCAAAGUUUAAGACUUCCAAAUAGUUGGUUUAAAAUCCCAUUAUUUUUCCUAUUCGAGUUUAUAAUACUUACCGCGAUACCUCGUUACUCUUUAAUUAAUUUCAGAUAUAUUUAAGAAAACUUCCUUCUCUUUUCCAGAACAAUUUCUUGUGAGUUUUUUGUUAUUGUUGUUAAAUUGCGUUCGAAUUCGUAAGACCGUAACAGUGUGUUGGAAUGUUCAAAAUUUAGACAUUCUUUCUAGAAUCCUGUUACAGUAAUUAAUGUGUUUGAGUUUUGAAAUUAUGUUCCGAGUAAAUUUGCCUCGUUUUGUAUUAACCGAAGAAGUGAU